AAUAUGAAAUUGAAAAAAGGCUAACUAUUAAUAUUUCUUUUUACAAUUUGAAGAUGUCAGUAUUGAUGGUGAUAUACCAGGUAUGUCAUUUAAAGAACAAUGCAACUCAUAGUCAUACAUACAAGUUUAUUAAUUUUUAAUUUAUGCAUCAAGGUCAUAUGCAAUCCAACGUACAAAUUCAUGAUGAAAAUGAAGAUGGCGAUGUGUUUGAAGGUGAUGAAGUACAGAGUUGGAUGACCAAUGAAGGAGAUGCCAAUUAUGAAUGUGAAUAUUGUGGGGCAUAUUUUUGGUUCGAGGAAAGAGUUGACAAGAAGUAUAAAAAUAAAAAACCAGUUUUCACUUUGUGUUGUGGUCGUGGAAAAAUCAAGCUACCAAAUCCAAAGGAGCCUCCUUCCAUUUUGAAGGAUUUAUUGUUUGGAUCAGGUGCAAAAAGCAAACAUUUCAGAGAGAAUAUUCGAACAUAUAAUUCAAUAUUUUCAUUUACAUCAAUGGGAGGAAAGGUUGAUGUCUCUGUCAACAAAACAAAGGGACCCAGAACAUUCAGAUUGUCUGGACAAAAUUAUUAUCAGAUUGGAAGUUUAUUGCCUCCAGAGGGAUCUUCUCCAAAAUUUACACAAUUAUAUAUCUAUGAUACAGAAAAUGAGGUGAACAAUAGAAUUAAUGCUAUCAGGUUAGCAUAGACAAUUGCUUACUAAAAAUAAUUUAAAAUUUUAUUUUUUAUAAGACAUACAUUGUUAGGUGAAUUCAAUAUUUUAUUCUUACAGUCGCAUUGAAAUGAACAAUGAACUUCAUACUGAAAUUGUGAAUGACUUGA